AAUAAAGUACAGGACGCUAAACUGAACUGAAUACAGAUUACAUUUUAGUGGAAAGUCAUGUAAACUUUUAUUAAAGGUGAAUGUGAAGUGCUGGUGAACAGUGUAGUGAAGCGGGACUGAGAGAAUAAUGAUGGACGGGGUGCAGUUUGAAAGUGUGUGUGGAGCAGUGGAGUUACUCGCUGUUUAGUUCAUGUUGGUGUGUAACACUCGGGUCGGGACCUGCUGUUUAUUUAUGCAAUUUAUGCCACACACGGUUCUGUUUAUAUAUUUACAUUUAUAAAACACUGUAAACAAACUGAAGCCGCUCCGUUUCCACUAGUGUAAACUUGGGUGCAGUUUCGACUUUAGCGCACGGAUUUACUGAACCGGGAUGUUUCACUGUAUCCCACUGUGGCGGUGUAACCGUCACGUCGAGUCCAUCGACCGGCGCCACUGCUCGCUGCUUUAUGUACCCGAUGAGAUUUACCGCUACAGCCGAAGCCUGGAGGAACUGCUGCUGGAUGCCAACCAGCUCCGAGAUCUGCCCAAGCCAUUCUUCCAGCUGACAAAGUUAAGAAAGCUUGGACUAAGUGACAACGAGAUACAAAGACUUCCUCCAGAGAUCGCCAACUUCAUGCAGCUCGUGGAGUUCGAUGUUUCACGAAACGACAUUAUGGAGCUUCCCGAAAGCAUUUCCUUUUGCAAAGCUCUUCAAGUAGCAGACUUUAGUGGAAACCCUUUGACAAGGUUGCCAGAGAGUUUUGCUGAAUUACGGAAUCUAGCAUGCCUUUCCAUCAACGACAUUUCGUUACAUGCACUUCCUGAAAACAUUGGAAACCUCUGUAACUUGGCAUCACUGGAGCUCCGUGAAAACCUGUUGACAUAUUUACCUGAAUCUCUUUCACAGCUACACAGACUUGAAGAACUCGAUGUGGGUAACAAUGAGCUGUAUAGUCUGCCCGAGACAAUUGGAUGUCUUGUGAACCUAAAGGACUUGUGGUUGGAUGGAAACCAGCUGUCUGAAAUACCAGCGGAAAUAGGCAACUUAAAAAACCUCCUCUGUCUGGAUGUGUCGGAGAACAAGCUUGAGCAUCUCCCAGAGGAAUUAGCUUGCCUGGUCUCUCUUACUGAUCUGCUCGUGUCUCAGAACCUCAUUGAUGCUUUGCCAGACGACAUAGGAAAAUUAAAACAUCUUUCAAUACUAAAAGCGGACCAGAACCGCCUGCUCCAGCUGCCUGUGAGCAUCGGUGACUGUGAAAGCCUGACAGAACUGGUGUUGACUGAGAACCAGCUGCUGAGCCUGCCAAAAAGUAUUGGUAAACUAAAGAAACUCUCAAACUUCAACUGUGACAGGAAUCGCCUGACAUCUUUGCCCAAGGAGAUUGGAGGCUGCAGUAGUUUAAACGUACUGUGUGUUAGAGACAACCGUCUGACGCACAUCCCCGCUGAACUCUCACAGGCUACAGAGCUGCAUGUUUUUGAUGUGUCUGGAAACAGACUGACUUAUCUGCCCAUGUCUCUUACCACACUGAGGCUCAAGGCUUUGUGGCUGUCAGAGAAUCAGUCUCAGCCGUUGCUUACCUUCCAGACAGACGUUGAUCCUGACUCGGGGGAGAAAGUGCUCACUUGUGUUCUUCUUCCUCAGCAGCCCUGCGAGUCUGAAAAAGGUUCAGACAACCUGGCACGGUGUGGCGCUCUCGAGAGUCUGGUAAAUGACAUGGCCGAUGACACAUGGGACAACAAAGCCCUGAACAGAAUGAGCACCAUUCGGUUCAUGGAGGAUGAUGAUGAAGAGGAUGAUGAAAAGGGAACGCUGCUGAGACGGGCCACACCACACCCCGGUGAGUUGAGGACAAUGAAGAAGGUAGUGGAGAACCUCCGCAAUGACCUGAAUGCUGCCAAAGGCCUGGACUCUAACAAAAACGAGGUCAAUAACGCUAACACUGUGGACCGAGUAACCACGUCCGUGUGACCACUCGCUUUUACCUCAGAGAUGACCCAGUUCCCAUCGUGUUCUUCCCUUGCACCCUCAGCCUUCCCCCUUUUGCAGUUUUUCCUGGAAUGUGACUCUCCUUUCACUGUGCUGGGUCUGUUUUUCUCCUUUACCUCCUCUAAUCUCCAAGUGGGGAAUGACUCCAAAAAUAAGUGCCUUCUUGUUUUUAUUUCUUCAGAGCAUCAAUUUAUUGGUAUGUUUUUAAAUCCGGCUCUGAUUGGAUUUUUAUUUUUCACGUAAAUACUUUGAUGCACUACAUUAAGUCUUACACUACAGUUAAUUUCCAAAUCUCGACAGAUGUAAUAAGUAUACACAUCCUAUAUUCUCUUUUUUAUUUUUUUAUGUUUGAAACACUGGGUGGAUGCUUCUUUUUCUCUCCAAUUGUUCAGGAUUCUUUGAACCCGUUGGACCUACUGCUUUUAAAGUUGUAUAGAUCUUUGUGAAUAUUGAUAGUUUUUGUACCCGAGGCAGCUCAGAUGGUGUUAUGUUUGGAGGUAAAAUCGAUGUAAAGCAAGUUUUAAUCAACAGUUUUUACUUCAGCAAAAACGUGGUUUUAUACAAAACAUUUGAACAAAACAUUUUUUAAUUUCUUAUACAACAGAUUAUACACUAUCUUAUAUAACAGAUGACCACUGCGUAUUUAAAACCUUUCAGGUGGGUGUGUUCUUUUCUUAAACCAAUGAUUAUGAAUAAAGAUGUUUUAUUGUUUUAAAGUAAGCAAGGGCUUCACAUACAGCAGCACUAAACAUUCAUUUUCUACAACUGGAAUUAGAGAUGCAUCACCCUGUCACCAGCACUACCUUUGAAUGUUAUUGCUGCUUUGAGCAAGUUUGGUACAAUAAAUCCUGUGGGUGUCGUUUUAAUCAUAGAUUACUGGUUUAGGGUGGUUUUAUUUAGGUGCAUUUUCUGACAAAAAAAAAAAACAUACAGUGCACUUUUUCUGAACUUUAAUUGUAUUUUGUUUAUUCUUCCAAUGGUACACUACAUAAUACAGUUUGUGUUUUUUCUAUUGCUACAAAGAGACCAAGAUUUUAAAUGCUGAUUUUUAGAGAAAUCUUUUUAUUAUUUUUUAUUAUGAUUUUUGCCUGUGAUAAAGCUGCACAGAAAAAAAAAAACUCAAACAGGUCCGGGCCUAUAUUCUUACGACUUUUAACCACUGAUGCAAUAAAAUGAUUAAAUGAAA